AAUUCCCCCUUUAUAUUUGUGUCUCCUACCCCAAUUAUGUGAUAAACAAAAGCAAUAAGCUAGCAUGACGCAUUUUACCUUAUCGUAUCAAGGUUGUGAGACUUGGGCUUAGAUUCACAGUUUGCGAUUUCGUUCUGAUGACUCAAAAUUCAAUUGAACCUUCAGAUUUCGACAAAACUCAUAAAUUAUUUGGAAAAUCAUCAAAAUUGUUGGUAACCCGCCGGAAGAAGUCAUCCCACCCAACUGUCAGCUUUACCCUCCCCAUAUCCCAAGGCACCGGAAAUGGAGCCAUGUGAUCCUGGUCCGGAGCGAGCCAUGCGACAGUACCUAACCCGGCUGCUGGAGACCGGCACCUCCCGCUCCACCGGCUGCCUGGACCGCUUCGUCCAGAAGGGCAUGAGCAACUUUCCACCGCAAUCUUCAGGCCUCGAAGGCAAGACGUCGCGUUGCUCGCUCUUCGAGCAGCUCCUGUCCGGCGGAAGCCGGAAGUCGGAGCGUUUACUUGUGCCCGAUCUGGCCACCGAGUGGUUCCGCAAGCAGAAGGUAUUUCUGGACAAGCUCAGCCCCGAGGAGCUGGCCGCCCUGGGCGAUGGACUGGCGGAUAAGGACAGCAAGAAGUCGGGACAGAAACAGGGCAGCUCGACGCCUUGUCGCCAGCAGCCAGUCAGCAAGUCUGGAGCUACCCAAAUGAAGGAUGCAGAGGAGUCUGGGGGCAAGGUGGCAGCCUGCAUUCCCACCACGGAACCACGCGUGGGUAAUGGUAACCCCUUUCUCAUCGGCAAUGCCCAAGCGCAGGAGAUGCACAGUAAGGGUGGCAAGCAAAGAAGGUUCCACUGGGAGCGGGCUGGCCAGCGUUGUCCAUCGCGAGGAGGCAGCUGCUCCUGCCUGAAGCGACAGGCAGGUGCAUCCUGUGGCUGCCCCUUCCAGGCCGAUGGACAGCCCGUGGCCAGCGAUUGCUUGGAGGCACUCCGGACGGAGCCGCUGUUGCCGUGCCUGCGCCGCAAGUUCGACUUGCGCCAGGCGCCACAACGGCGUCUCGAUCCGGCGCGUUUCCGUCGCAUUUCGCCGGAGUUCUUUCGCAUCCUGGCCAGCUACGAGGCGGCCAUGAGCGAGAGCUGUCCGCUUUACGGCAUCUCGAUGCAUCACUGGGGCGACACCGAGCCAUGUUGUCCGUGUGGCGAGCGCCAUCCGAAUUUGAAGCAGCGAUUUCUGGGCGACGAUUCGGUGGCCACAUCUGUGCUGCCUCCAAAUUGGCCACCAUUGGAAUCCCGACCAAUGGAGGACUCCAAGCAGCCCGCCAAGAAGCAGGCGGAGAAGAAGGGCUUCAAGUCUUUGAAGGAGAAAUCGGAGAAGUUGAAGAAGUGCUGCUGCACCAAUGACACCUGCCCCACUGAGUGCUGCGCGGUGACUAAGGGAAGUGGAAAGAAACUAAUGGACGAUUCAUCCACAUCUGAAGAUGAGCCGCAGGAGCAAUGGCGUGGAAAGCAGGUGGACAAGCAGGUGGCCAAAGCGGAUGGCCAGAAGGUCAGGCAGGUGGACAGUGGGCAGACUGCCCAAUCGUCGAGUCCCUCCGAGAAUCGUCACUCUGCAAGGUGGCAGGGGCGCAGAGGUGAAGACCAAAAGGACAGGCAGCAAACGAAUCCCGAGAGGCGGAGGAGAUUCCCCUACUGCUUCCGCCGGCAACCGCAGUCAUACAGAGCUGCCUAUGCUCCCUCGCACUUUUCGCCGCUGUCUUCCUAUCCAUCUGCUCUUCCAGCACCUGCCAGUCCAUCUGAGUCUUCACCUGCAUCUUUGCCUGCUUCUUCGACCACUUCUUCGCCUGUUUCAUCAUCAACUUCACCCGAAAUGGCCAGGGAAUGCCAGUGCCGCCACCAGCCCAGGGGCAUCCUCAGCGGAUUCACUGGGAUCUGCAAGCGUUGCAUCGAACCAGGUCGCCAUCUGCUCUACAAUUUGAACGCCAACUACCAACAAAACCGCGAGCGGUACGGACAAGUGCGUCCGAACAAAAAACGGCCAUUCCACAUUGCCUCACAGCCGGCACCCUGCAGCUGGAGGAAGGCCAAGGGGGAUUGGAAUGAAGGGAUCGAGCAGGGCGACAGCAGCAUCACACUGAGACCCGCAUCCUUGGCCGAAAAUCGUUUCCACAACUGCCAUCCGGAGCAGGCGAACAGCGAGCAGUCCUUGCCGUUUCGCACACCCGCCAGCGAACGAACUUUAGCGGGUUGGAAUCCAGUGCAGCAGGAGCAGUCCCACUUGGAGGUGGCACAAUGCCAACCCGACUGCAAGUGCGCACUGCCGCAGCAAUCCUUCCAACUGCCGCCCGUCAGCAAGUGCACUUUCGCGCUGGCUGAAGCCCAACAAGAGGUGCUCCAAAGUGCCGAGGUGACACGCAAGUCCAACAGUGAGUUGGACUACUUGAAGUGUGGACAUCGCGUUAGGGCCUGCUAUUUGGCCAAUGAUUUCCAUCAGCUAAUGAAGCGCGUGGCGCGGAAGAGACCCAAGUCUAAGGCACCAGUUCCAAGCAGAACUACAGCUAAAGCACCACUACGCCAGCAAUCCACUGAAGCUUCAAGAGCAUCUUCAUCCGAACGGUCCAGGAUCCAAGGCAAAUCCCAUUCGAAACCCAUAAUUACGCCGAAAUCUAAGCCGCGGAUAAUGGGUGCUUUGUUGCCAGAUGACUUCACAGCCAAGAGAUUGGGCAUCACCAGUUCAGCCACAGUGAAGCUUCGCAGUCUUCGCAAAGCCAAGAAAAGGAAGCAGGAUCGUGAGCGAUGCGAUGCUCCAUCAGCGACGAGUCAAGAUCAGGAGCUUGGCAGCAGCCAAGGGGGAAAUCCCAAUGAGAAGACCUCAUCCCGAGGAUCAUCCAGAGGCACAUCUCCGAAAAGCCAACGAGUAGCGAACCCAUCCACUCGCAGUCCAAGCCAAAAGCGAAGUCAGAAGAGACCCUCCUCCUGCAGUUCCACCGAACGCUCCUCGCAUCGAGAGCGCUCCUCCAGCGGCCAACGGUGGGCUGCACCAAAGAGAACGCCAGAUACUCCUAACAUUUCGGAUGCAUCCUACUGGACGCAGAAAAGUCGGGAGCCAGGAAAGAAGCGGGAGCAAAGGCAGAGAUUUCAAUCCAACUCCACGUAUCCCUCUUACUCCGAUGUCUACUCCAGUCAGUACUCGAGAGCUUGGUCGCGGGGAAAUACCCAAACCCAAUCACCAUACCGAAAUUCAACCACCAGGAAGGCGCCAAUUCAAUAUCAGGCUUCGCUUCCCAGCACUGCACCACCGCAUUUGGAGACGGGUCGCAGAUACUACACAGACACACAGCCGGGAGGCGGCGAGGUGGAGGCAUCCCGGUGUAGUUGUCGCUCCCUGCGCUCCACCACCUCCAUCCGGGCGCUCAGCUCCAACACGGACAGUGUCCGGUGUCCCUGUGCGCCCGCCCCCUCGGUGGCCAGUGUGGACCCAGCACAAGAGCUGGUCCAUGUGGACCAGGGGGAGCAGCAGGAUGAGCAUUGCUAUUGCUGCAGAUACCACAAUCCCCCGCUGGAUGCACCCUAUCCUCAGCCCAGUUCCACUCCACUGCCCAGUGCCUGCAGACGCCACAAGGCCAUGUUGUUCAGUGAGGCCAUGAGGUGGGAGCCACAACAGCAUCACCAUGCUCGCACUCUACUGCGCACCCAGCGUCCACCGCCUUCGCCGCCUCCUCCGCCAGCGCUGCUGAAACACCAACAUAUGGUCAUGUUUCCACAGUAUCCACAGUACCAUCUAGAAAACGCAGCAGUUCAGCAAACCCCCGAUUGGGUACCAGAGUACCAAGCACCUUGUCACUAUCCAAACAAUGCUAGCCAAGGGUGGGAAGAUCAGGCGGAAGGCUCGCCAUGUUACACACAGAACAACUACCUCCAACUACCGGAAAGCCCAAGGAAUACCUCCUACGCCGCCCAGUCCACAUACCCAGAAAGUCCGAUCCCGGGCAGGGAUCGCGCUGGAGCCAUAAGAGCCGCUGCUCAGGGUCUUAGAGGUGUGGUCCAGGCUCUGGGAGGAACUCGGCCCAGAUCGAGACACCAUUCGCAACUGGAUUACUACCCGCAAAGGGGCUACAGCCAAGAACAGAAUCCGACCAACUUGGAACCUGCAUUGUCAACUGGGCCGUAUCAAAACCAAAUGAGGGUGCUGCAUUCAAACAAUGUCUCCCAUCUCCAAGCUCAGGGCGCGAAAAACCACAUGGACGAAGCUUCACUUUACAGCAGACCAUCCACAGCGACCCACUACGAGAACUAUCCGCUGAGGAAUGAAAUCCCCAACAGCUGCCAUGCCAGGCGAAAUGUGGAAAGGGAUCAGUCGACGUUCAGGAUGGAAGGUGGUGGACGGCAGGCCGCAGGAUCUGCCAGUUUAUCCGAUAAGCCCGAAAAACUGUCCAAUCCCACGCCACUGGCCAUUUUUUUCGAGAGCUUGAGAGCCAAACACGCCUCCUCUGCAAUCCCGACAUCCAAACAGGGGGCACAGAAUGAUUCCGAUUCAACGCAAUCGUCCUCCAGUGACGAUGAGGCGGACGCAGAUGACAGCUUGGACUGUCCCUCGCUGGAUACCAUGGUCAUCCCGCCCACCUACACAGGUCUCCUCGAGGAGCAAGUGCUCGGCGAGUAUCUGCCCAGUCCGCGGUGUAGGCGCAGGACAUAACUCAACACGAACUGCACCAUUUUGUGACCAAUAAA